GGCCAAAGUUAUGGGAAAGCAACCCUCCAAUAUCUCUCCCUCCCCCUUCUUCCCCCCAAUCUCUCAUUAUUUCUCUCCACUCUAUUGCUCCCCAGCCAAAGAAACAAAACAUCAGUUGGAGGCCCCGUGGAGAGAGAGAUAGUAAUGAUUUGAAAGAAGUGAAGGCAAGAAAACAAACAUUAGAGUGAAAAGAAGAAGAAAGAAAUUGGAAGUGACCCAUCCAUUUCCCUUUCCUUUUGUUUUCGCUUUGCUUCUUCCUUCCCCUUUUCUCUAUUUUGGAUGGUAGAGAGAAAGUAAUAUAUUUAUCUCUACGAAGCUGGAGCAGCAGUAGUUCAGUGUACUACAGCUUCUUUAAGCAUGUUCAUCUUCUUCAUAUUGCUAUCCCCAGCUUACCCACUCCUGGUUUCUUCAUUUCCCUUCUCUUCUGGCCGCUGAUUAUGGUUGGAUUGAGUGUUUGAGUUGGGUGAUAAGAAAAGGAGAGAAAGAUGCCAAGGCCUGGGCCAAGACCUUAUGAGUGUGUUAGGAGAGCUUGGCACAGUGAUAGGCACCAAUCGAUGAGAGGUUCAAUCAUUCAACAGAUUUUCAGGGUUGUGAGUGAGACUCACAGUGCUGCAACUAGGAAGAACAAGGAAUGGCAGGAGAAGCUGCCUAUUGUGGUGUUGAAGGCCGAGGAAAUCAUGUACUCGAAAGCUAACUCUGAGGCUGAGUACAUGAGCCAUGAAACCCUUUGGGAUCGUGUAAAUGAUGCAAUCAACACCAUCAUUCGCAGGGAUGAGAGCAGUGAAAGUGGGAAGCUUUUGCCGCCUUGCGUUGAAGCCGCCUUGAAUCUGGGCUGCAUUCCUGUGAGAGCUUCAAGAAGUCAAAGGCAUACUAAUCAGAGAAGUUACCUCACCCCAAGAGUCCAAGAACCUCCACCACCUUCUUCGCCAGUGCCUGCAAGAACCUUGAAUGAUGCACAUGCAGAAAGAUGCCCUCAGUUACCGCCUUUUCACUCCGGUAAUCAAUAUACAAGAGCACCAGCAACUUUGGAUUCAUCACCUCUUCCUGCUUUCGAGCGUAACAGUCAAAGGGCUGGUGCUCCCAGCCAUGCCUGCUCUUUGCCAUAUGAUGGUGUGCCUUUGGGGAAUGUCUAUCCGUUAUAUUAUGGAGAUCACUAUCAAUACAAGGAGCCUCAGUUUGUGUCCCAAGUCCCAGAGAGAGCAGCAUCAAACCCAAUAUACGUGGGCAAACCCAUCGGUACGGCAGCAGCUGUAGAUCCUGCUGCUGAAAUGGGUGCAUUGCAGAAUUUCUUCUCCCCAGGUCUUGAGAUUGCUUCACCAAGAACUACUCUUCCUGUCUAUGAGCAGAGGGCAGGAGCACAUUGUGAUUUGUCAUUGAAGUUGGGUUUCUCCUCAGAUCCUUGUAUGACCAUGGAAAGAAGUUCGGGUCAUGGAGGCAACAAUGGAAGGUUCAAUGAUCCAUCUCCAGCAAACAACCAGGAGUUCAGUUUUUUCCCUGCUAGUAGUAGUCAUGGUCCAUUUGAGUUCCCUGCAAUGAAAGGUGACCCUAGUACAGAUGCUUCUACCAUUAGAGAGCACAGAGCACACUUCAGUGACAAUGUGGGGGAGGAUGGACAGUACUCCUGCUGGCCACCAGGGUUUCCCACAAACAGGUUCGUCGGUUGAACCAUAGAGGGGUCAGGUUUGUAGGCAAAUGUUUUUGUUGUGUGUAGACGAAAUGUAUAUCCGUGCGGGAGUUUGUGUUCUGCUUCUGAACUAUAUGCUCAGCCAAUCCUUUUUGCUGCUGUCAUUUUGCUAUGUUAGAGUUCAGAUGCAAGGGAUAAUGUUGAGAUUGGCAGGCAGGCUGUGAUGAGGUAAAAUUGUAAAUGAGAAUCAAUUUUCAAUGCUUAUUCCAAGUUGGUAUUAGCUGGUCUUUUGAGGCAUAGACAAUGCAGGACUUAUAGUUGUCCUGUGAGUUGUGACCUAUAAGCAGAUAUAACUAGAAUCAGUUAAGAC